AUGUGUGGCGACUACGGGGACCCUGCCGCCAUCGAGGAAGAGGUUGGACUCCCCGAACAAUCGGAGGAGGAAUGCCAACAGGUUGCCCCGCCGGACAUGCCUUCGCCCGGGACUACCCCUGCCCCUGCCACCACCACCCCGCCGCCCUCCACUGGGGAAGAGCCUAUCCCGACAACAACUCAACCGCUCCCUGUCACCCUCCCUCCGUCCUUCCCCACCUCCCCUCCCGCCUCCGAGACUGACCCGCCUUCACCUGGACCGGAACCAUCGACCCCUGCUCCUGUAAACCCUGAAUCCACUCCGGCCCCUGUUGCGCCCCAGCCCGAGCCCGAGCCCACUCCGGCCCCGGUCACAGACGAAAGCCCUGGCGUUGGUGCAUGCGACCCGAACCCUUGCAUGAACGGAGGGUCGUGCGAGGUGGACCCCAACGGUGGGUACACCUGCAGCUGCGGGAGCAGCUACGGAGCGAUGAUGUGCGAGACCGACGUUACAGGCAUGUCUGAGUUCUUCAUCACGGUGGACUUCCUCGGAUCGUGGACUGACGAACGCAAGGGCGUCUUCCAAAGCGCAGCCAACAGGUGGUCGGAAGUCUUGACGCGCAUCCCGUGCUCCGGAACCAACGGCAACAGGGGUGCCGCGGGCGAGCUUACCAUCACCUCCACUCUUGAACCCAUCGACGGUGUCUACGGAACCCUGGGCUUCGCCGGGCCUCGCGGCACCUACAGUGACUGCCGUGGCAUCAGCUACUCCGGAGAGAUGACGUUCGACAUCGACGACAUCGCUGAGAUGGAGAGGCAGGGAACCUUCGAAGGUGUCAUCCUCCACGAGAUGGGCCACGUUAUCGGCACCGGUACCCUGUGGGGUGAGUGUUCCGAUUGUGACAGCACCAGCAGCGCGGAAUGGAAGUGCCCCCUGGCUGCCCAGGUGUACAACGACUUCAUGGGAAACCCUGCUGGUUCCCGGGCCGACAUCAUCGAGCUCGAAGGCGGAACCGGUACAAGCUGCGGACACUUCAGCGAAUCGACUUUCAAAGAUGAACUCAUGACUGGCUACGUCAAAGCGGGCCAGAUGCCGCUUUCGAAGCUGACGUGCGCAUCUCUGGCGGACCGAGGCUACGUCGUCCAACCGGCCAAGGCGGACUCGUACACCGUUCCGUCCCGUCGGGACCCCUCCGCCCGCCAGGGCGAGACGAAGACAUACAAGCUUGCGGAGAGCACCGACGACACGACCAUCGGCGUUUGCAACGAGGAGGGAGAGAUCGUCGACACCAUGCAAGGGAAGCGGAUCCGCUUCUGAUCCGAACGACUGCUUGCAAGAGGAA